AUGCCGACGCCGACCGAGUACUUUGGAUACUCGGUCACCAACAUUGGCCCUUUGACCACGAGGUUCACGCCCGCGCCCUCCUGCGCAACCACCACGCCCAACGUCUUUAUCGAAACACAACUGGCCGACACUAGAGGACUCUACGGCUUUCCUAGCUGCAGCCUACCAAAAUACGAAGGAUGCCUACCCUACGGAAAGGAGCUUGACGAGUUGUAUCGCCAAUUGUCGGCCACCCCCCACAAUGGGGAUCUGGUAUAUCAUUCACCCGGCCUGAGAUGUCCGUCGGGAUGGAACCGGGUCGGCGUCGUUCACGGCGGUACAAAGCCGCCAACGGAGCUGGAGGGUGUCUUUACUGAAAUCAUGACGGCGUUUCCAUCACCGAAUGGCGUUCCGAAACCCAUUCCGAGACUGGAGGCAUAUGUGGAUGUACUUGGUCCGUCAGAGACUAUGGUGUGGUGCUGUCCAAAGGGUUUCCAGGCAAACAAAGAUGCGUUUUGCACUUCAGACCUAGGACCUCUCUCGUCACUAAGCUAUUCGCAACGAUGUGAGGUGUACUUGCCAUCACAAGACCUGCUGACUGUAACAUCAUACCAGAGCACAAUUCUGAGCGACCCUCUGGUUGUGGUUACCGCCGCGACAACGGGCGUUAUCAGCACAUCCACGUAUCCCAUUGAACCGUCCGAGACCUCUGGUCUGGUGGUUGUCAGUGCUGUUCCAGUCGUGGCGCUGGUGUACAGACAGGAAGAUAGGCGAGGCGGGCUUAAUUCGACUGAUAUGGCGGAGAUUUACGACAGUGCAUCGAUGAGGCUGAAACCGAACAUCUUGGCGGUUGCGUUGGGAACGGCGUUGGCUGCAUGGGCAACCGCCGCUCAUUUUUAG